AUGGGCGCGGGGGAGGCCGGAGAAACGACAGCAACCCCUCCUCGAUCAAUCGGCACAAGUGAGGUAUCACGGCCCCGAUCGCUCGACGACGUGGUCUAUAACUUCAGCGAGCUCGCGCACGAACAUCCCGGCGGCGCCAAAGUUCUUCUCCGGCUCGCCGUCUGCGAUGCGACAGCGGUCUACUCCGAGGCCCACUCGAUGUCACUAGUCAAGACGCUGCCGCAUCGGUGUCCUAACCCGCCGCUCGAUAGCCUGCUCAACGCGCGGGCCGUCGGCGUCGGCAGGGGCUCCCUGUACGCGCUGAGCUACGGAAAGGAGGGCGUCAAGCAUUCCGUUGAUAAUGAGUGUUCCCUGCAAUUUUCUCUUGAUACUUGUGAGAUCGAUUUGCCGGGUAAGUGGAGGUUUGGGAGUCAGCUAUGA